AUGAAAUUACAUCCUGCAUAUCGUGCUUGUCUACGAUCCAUCAAUAAAGUUUUCCAAAAUGAUAUAGCAACUUUAAACAAGGCAAAGUUACAAUUACAUUCAACAACUAUCUCCAAUGCAAAUGUGAUUGAUAAAAUUGAAUUGGAAUCUAAAAUUAAAGAAUUAUCGGACGUAGCUAUUUUCUUAAGAAGAAACGUUGUUCAAGGUGUUCGUGAUAAUAAUGAUCCAAAAAAAGCAUUCAAGUUGAAUAUUACAAAGGAUACUGAACUUGGUGAUAAUGAUCAAGGAAGGAAAAGAGCUUUCACACCAUUAAGAACAAACUCAUUCAAACAGAGUUGA